AUGACAAACACGUACUUACCUAUUCAUUUGGACGUUGAAAAAUCAAUUACGAAAAAUCAAUCUAACUUGAAUGAUGUAUCAGCAAAUAACGAAGUUGUUAACCGAAGGAGAUCAAAUUCACAGUCCCAAGUAAUAUCCACACCAACGGCACUGAGUCGAAGUAAGGAAAAACCAAACAAAAGAAAUCAUGUACUAUAUUUUGUAACUCUAACUCCAUUGAAUGAUACAUUCAUUAAGAAGCAGUUACUGGUGCCAUAUUUUCCUGAAACUAGAAAGCUUGGUAGGCCGGCUGGGUCAAAAGUUAAACCGGACAUUACCAAUGGAUUCUUUGAUUCACGAGUUCUAAGUAGAAGUCAUGCAGCUAUGUUUAUUGAUGCAUCUAGUGGCAAAGUAAUGCUAAAGGAUUUAGGAUCGUCUAAUGGAACAUAUGUUAACGAAGAACGCAUUGGUAAUGAUCCUGUUGAGAUUAAGAUUGGAGAUAUUAUCUAUUUGGGGUUCAAUAUCCAAGCGGAUACAAAUCAUAAACAAAUAAGUGCCAAGGUGGAAAACAUAAAUGUAAUGCAAAACUUCUAUACUUCAUCUUCUACAAUACCAUCUUCAUUCAAUUUUAAAAACCAACUGACAAUGGAUACACCAGAAUUCAAACACUAUAAUUUCAUUCAAGACAUAAUAUCUAAACUUCCAAAUACAAAAAAAGCCAUAAAGACUAAUGAACGGCACUUAUCUUUCGAAAAUGCAUUGUUUGGUGAUAUAAAUCCGAAUUUAGAAGAUACAUUAUUAGGUUUAAGUACUAAUGGAAACUGUGGAAUAUUCAAUAAUGCACAAAUUACGAAUGCAAGUAGCUUAGAUAGUGCAAUCAGGGUUCUAACUACAAACCUUUCCAAAAUCAGGCACCAAAAUAAUACCUUAGCUACAUUGGAAGAGUUCAUAAUAGAUUAUCAAGCAAGAUUGAAUGAGCUUAACUCCAAUUUUUUGAAACAGGAAUUCGAAAGCAAAUUAAAAAAGCUUGAAGACCAAAUAUCCGAAGAGAAAAAUCAAACCCAAGAAACAAAAGACAAGCAUAAAAGUUACAUAGCAGAAGCCACUCAAAUUGCUGACCAAUUACGUAAAGAAGUAUCCAUUCUAACUAAUGAGAAACACGCAUUGAAUCAGAAAAUUAAUGAAAUUGAUAAAUUGCAUGAAAAAGGCUUGAAUGCCAAUAAAAAGGAAUUGAUUCGAGCCAACGAAGUUGUUAACAUUGAAAAUUUUACAUCAAAGGAUUUUAAUAUAGAUAACACUAAUUCUAAUGGUAAACAUGUAACGGAAAUUAUCAAAUCACGAUCUAAUGAUGAUGACAAGAAACAAGAAGUAACAUCCUCGAACGAUAAAAAUAUUCAGGAUUGUAAGAAUUAUGCUUUAUCUGAUAUAAACGAUAUAGACUGUUCGGUUAUGGACUACUCAGACGAAAAGAAGAUUGAAAAUCAACCAACGUCAACCCCCCCUAUAUCAGAUAAUGAACUGGAAACUUCAAGAAAUAUACCGAAUGCUACCGAUAACGAGGCAGAUAUAGAGCCAGGUAGUUCAAUUAAUUCCCUAGAUAAAGGAAUUAAUCAUAAGAAGGGCUCUUAUUCCGCAAUGUUGCAGCUUCUACCGCUAAAAGAUAAGAUAACAAUUGCGUUAUAUUUCACACUCCUUCUAUUGGUUAUUCAAAGCAUAGAGAGGAACCGAGGUAUGGUAUUCGGAUUAUCUAUUAUAUUAUUUAUAAACGUAUUUCAAAGACUUUCUACUCAAAACUGA